GUCAAAGAUGGUCAAAAACACAGUCAAAAAGUAGAGAAGUUGAUCGACUCAACAUACGAAUUUUACGAAUAUUUCUAUUAAAUUAAUAAUAACUCAUUUAGAAAAUGUGCUCAUAUUAGUAAUAAACGUAUAUAAAUAAAUGGAUCUAUCCAUUGAAUAAACUAAAAAAAUACCUUAUUCCGUUUUCAAUAACAACGAAAACCUAUUAGUUUUUUUGAGAAAGCAGCCAAGGUUUUCUACUGUGGUAAAUCCCCUGAGUUGUGUUGUGAGCUGUGACUCAUAAACACAUUAUACUAUUCCUCUUAGCUUUGUCAGCUGCUGUGAAAUUUGAGCAUCAUGAUAAGAAUGUUUUAGCGUGCUUAAUAUUAUGUUUGGAGAGAAAGAAUUCAGCAACGAUUAUUCGGAAAGUUUUGAUACUGAGGAAAUAACCAUAACAUACGACAUGAGCGUCCAAACCCAGCUUUACAUAGUGGGUACUGUGGUGGUGGUGAUAUUGCUGAUCGCCUGCUGCUGCCGCUGCUGCUGCCGCCGCGAACGCGGUCAAGUGCUGACCCCAGCCCCGACUCACGUGCAAGUGCAAGUGCCGGCGCCGUAUCCGCAGCAGCAAUAUAAUAUGCCAUAUCCGACGCAAGUGAUAACUACGUACCCGGUGCACACGGGGGCGCAAGUCGCAUACCCGCAUCCCGGGGGCUACCCCUACCCCCCGCAACCGGGCCCUGCCGCCGCGCCCUACCCCACCUCGCCCUACCCCAGCGCGGCCUACCCGCCUACCGCGCCCAGCGCGCCCGAACCCAACGUUUUCAUUGGAAUCGCCCCGCCUGGCUGGAAUACCCAAGCGAUGCCGCCCUCCUACGACCAAGCAGUGUGCUCUAAGCCUCCCCCGAGCAACCCCUACGCCUCGCAUUAGUGCUGAGCUAGUGUUUUGUGUAGUGUUACGUGUUUUAAUCACACUAGUGCCCUAAAGUUAUACUUAUGAACUCUUUACCUGAUUUGUACUGCAUACAUGUGCAAAAACCCAUACUUGUAUAGUUCUUGCAUUAUACAAGCGCGCGUGGCUCAUGCUUGUGUUUAAGUCGUAUCGGUUGUAGUGCCCAGCAAUCAACUUGAGCAUUGACGCGAUUGGCUGGCGAAUGGCGGAUGCACACGAUUGGUUGAUCAGUCGGCGCGAGUGCACGCGAUUGGUUGAUAUGUCGACUUUCGCUUCCUGGAUUCGCCAACUUUCUC